AUGGCGGCGGCGGAGGCGGCAUCAGCAUCCAAAAGAAUGGCGGCAGAAGAAAAAGAAUGUUGUUAUUUACCAGAUGAAUUAUUAGAGUACAUCUUCAAAUCCGUCAACGACGACAACCUCACUUUCAAGUCACUCUCCGCUCUCUCCAAACAGUUUCUCUCGAUCACCAACCGUCUCCGAUUCUCCGUCACAAUCACCGACGAAACCAUCCCUUUCCUUCCUCGCCUCUUCCUUCGCUUCCCUAACCUCACCUCCCUCAACCUCACUCUCCUUUCCAAAACCCUAGAACAAGUCGACGAAAUUCUAACCCUAAUCUCCACUUUCCCUUUACGCAUCAAAUCACUCAAUCUCUCCAACGAUAUCAACACCAUAAGCAUUCCGAUUCCUGCAAACGGCUUGAUAGCUUUGUCAAAAACUAUGACAAAUUUGACAUCUCUCACUUUUUACGGAAUGAAAUAUUUCGACAAGAAGGAUUUAUUCUUCAUCGCUCAUUAUUUUCCUUUGCUUGAAGAAGUGAAUCUCAUUAACCCCCGUCUUAUGAGUGCCGGACAUUUUAUGAUUAUGGAUGAAAUCGAUACAUUAUUAUUAACACUUCCCAAUCUCCGCAAGAUUGACCUAUCUGGUAAUAUUUACGUCAAUGGCAGAUUUAUUCAAGUUCUCCGCAAGAACUGCAAGCUUCUUCAAGAGAUCAUAAUCCCCCCUCGGCCUUGGACCUCACGAAACUUCAUAUGUAAAGAUUGUGAUUGGACAAUGGAUAAUAGCAAUUAUUAUGGAAAAGUGGUACUAGUUACAGGGAAUGGCGAAGAUGGAAGAGCUGAACGUGCCUCACUAUCCAUGAUGCUGGAUUUUGUUCAACCUGUUACAGAAAAAGAAUCCGUGCAUGAGUUAGAUGCUGUUGAAAUUGCUAUAAAUUUCUAG